GGGUCGGAUUUUUCUAUAAAAGCCGACGCGCGUCGUUUGCCGGUUCGAGUCUUAAAAAAAUUUCGUGAGGUGUGCGUCGUUACAGCAAGCAGCGUCUGAAGUUUUGUGAAUUUCCAAUUCUAUACAAAGCAAAGUGAAAAUAUCUGUAUUUUUACCUUUAUUCUGUGAAUAGAACGAAAAACAUACAUACAAGAUGCCGGAAGAAACAGAGACCUUCGCAUUCCAGGCUGAGAUUGCUCAGCUGAUGUCCUUGAUCAUCAACACAUUCUACUCGAACAAGGAGAUCUUCCUGCGUGAGUUGAUCUCGAACGCUUCCGAUGCUCUGGACAAGAUCCGCUAUGAGUCUCUUACCGACCCCAGCAAGCUGGACUCCGGCAAGGAGCUGUACAUCAAGCUGAUCCCUAACAAGACGGCUGGUACCCUGACCAUCAUCGAUACCGGUAUCGGUAUGACCAAGUCCGACUUGGUUAACAACUUGGGAACCAUCGCCAAGUCCGGAACCAAGGCCUUCAUGGAGGCUCUGCAGGCUGGCGCCGACAUUUCCAUGAUUGGUCAGUUCGGUGUGGGUUUCUACUCCGCCUACCUGGUCGCCGACAAGGUGACUGUCACCUCCAAGAACAACGAUGAUGAGCAGUACGUGUGGGAGUCCUCUGCCGGAGGCUCCUUCACCGUCCGUGCCGACAACUCUGAGCCCCUGGGCCGCGGCACCAAGAUCGUGUUGUACAUCAAGGAGGACCAGACCGACUAUCUGGAGGAGAGCAAGAUCAAGGAGAUUGUCAACAAGCACUCCCAGUUCAUUGGCUACCCCAUCAAGCUGCUCGUAGAGAAGGAGCGCGAGAAGGAGGUCAGCGAUGAUGAGGCUGAUGAUGAGAAGAAGGAAGGUGAUGAGGAGAAGAAGGAGAUGGACACCGAUGAGCCCAAGAUCGAGGAUGUUGGCGAGGAUGAGGAUGCCGACAAGAAGGACAAGGAUGCCAAGAAGAAGAAGACCAUCAAGGAGAAGUACACCGAGGAUGAGGAGCUGAACAAGACCAAGCCCAUCUGGACCCGCAACCCCGAUGAUAUCUCCCAGGAGGAGUACGGCGAGUUCUACAAGUCCCUGACCAACGACUGGGAGGACCAUCUGGCUGUCAAGCACUUCUCCGUGGAGGGUCAGCUGGAGUUCCGUGCUCUGCUCUUCAUCCCCCGUCGCACUCCCUUCGAUCUCUUUGAGAACCAGAAGAAGCGCAACAACAUCAAGCUGUACGUGCGUCGUGUCUUCAUCAUGGACAACUGCGAGGACCUCAUCCCAGAGUACCUGAACUUCAUGAAGGGAGUGGUCGACUCCGAGGAUCUGCCCCUCAACAUCUCCCGUGAGAUGCUGCAGCAGAACAAGGUUCUGAAGGUGAUCCGCAAGAACCUGGUCAAGAAGACCAUGGAGCUGAUUGAGGAGCUCACCGAGGACAAGGAGAACUACAAGAAGUUCUACGACCAGUUCAGCAAGAACCUGAAGCUGGGUGUGCACGAGGACAGCAACAACCGUGCCAAGUUGGCCGACUUCCUCCGUUUCCACACCUCCGCUUCCGGCGACGAUUUCUGCUCCCUGUCCGACUACGUGUCGCGCAUGAAGGAGAACCAGAAGCACGUCUACUUCAUCACUGGCGAGUCCAAGGACCAGGUCAGCAACUCUGCCUUCGUUGAGCGCGUCAAGGCCCGUGGCUUCGAGGUGGUCUACAUGACCGAACCCAUCGAUGAGUACGUCAUCCAGCACUUGAAGGAAUACAAGGGCAAGCAGCUGGUCUCUGUCACCAAGGAGGGUCUGGAGCUGCCUGAAGAUGAGAGCGAGAAGAAGAAGCGCGAAGAGGACAAGGCCAAGUUCGAGAGCCUGUGCAAGCUGAUGAAGUCCAUUCUGGACAACAAGGUCGAGAAGGUGGUGGUGUCCAACCGCCUGGUGGAUUCGCCCUGCUGUAUUGUCACAUCGCAGUUCGGCUGGUCCGCUAACAUGGAGCGCAUCAUGAAGGCCCAGGCUCUGCGUGAUACCGCCACCAUGGGCUACAUGGCUGGCAAGAAGCAGCUGGAGAUCAACCCCGAUCACCCAAUUGUGGAGACUCUGCGCCAGAAGGCCGAUGCCGACAAGAACGAUAAGGCUGUCAAGGAUCUGGUCAUCCUGCUGUUCGAGACCUCUCUGCUGUCCUCUGGAUUCUCCCUGGACAGUCCUCAGGUGCACGCCAGCCGCAUCUACCGCAUGAUCAAGCUGGGCUUGGGAAUCGACGAGGACGAGCCCAUGACCACCGAAGAUGCCCAGAGCGCCGGAGAUGCCCCCUCACUGGUUGAGGACACCGAGGACGCUUCCCACAUGGAGGAGGUCGAUUAAGCGACCAGUCGACACAAGCAACCAAAAUUCAUUCUAUCACUCGCAUUCACAUACACAAUUUACUUGCGUUUCGAACUUUUAUACUGAGUUUACUACGGCCGAGUUAAAUUUUGUAUUCAUUAACAUUUUGCCGCGUUAUAAGCGACAGACAGACAUACGCUUAACUCAUACACAACCAAGAAUAACUCGUUAAAUGGUUAGGUUCCCACAGAACAUUCAAGAGCAGUUGUCGUUUUAAGAACUUAUAAUUUAGAAUCCAAGUAAUUUAUGUAUAAAAACUAAAGACUACAUACGCGCUCUAGUUGGUAUAGCUAUAUAAAGAAUCGAGUAUAUAUAUAAUUAAGGUUUGAUGACCCGAUCGAUGAUAAACAUAAAACCAAAUAAACAAGCAAAUGUGUUUUAAAAAUCAAA